AGCCAGUUUGACCGAAUAUUUAGCCAUAUCAAAGGUACAUUAAUUUGAUAUCUUUGCGGUUACGCGACCGCUUGACUACGGGCCGGGACCUCUGGGAAGGUUUCAGUCACCGCCAUGUGAACAGCCAAGUUUCAGUGUUUAUUGGUAACCGUAAAGGUUGCAGCGAGGAUGACGCCGCGUCGCUCCCGAAAUGACCGGCUAGCUAGGCUAACAGCUAGCAUGUCGGCCACCGCCGCCGCGGUGGUUCGAGCCUGAGCUGACAUUUAGCGAGGUGCUUUUUUUCCCCUUCCUCACCCUCCCUCCCGUUUGUCACUCGCACCGCUGAGGACCACUUUUCACGGUAGCUGCUCUAAGCACCCCCCCCCCAUGCAGAAGGCGAGGGGGUGGGAAUGUAAGAAAACUGUAAGUGGACUUAACAUGGGUCGCGGCCGUGGCAGAGGGCGAGGCAGGGGCAGGGGCUCGGCGGGCCAGUUGCGCUCUCCCUCGCCCUUCAGACUGGAGCUCUCUCCCUCAAGGGAGACACUGACAUACGCUCAGGCGCAGAAGAUCGUGGAGGUGGACCUGGACGGCAGGCUACACCGGAUCAAUAUCACGGAUCCCCUGCCGGUGAUCACGGAAGAUGAGAUGAUGGCCCAGGACAUCGUGGAGUGCAACAGCAACAAGGAGAACAGCGUACAGACUCAGAGAAGGAAGCCCUCCAACAGCAAAGGGAGAAAGAAUGUCAAAAAUGUGUCUCAGCAGAACAAACGAUCAGGCUCCCAACCGCAAACGGCAUCGACCAAUUCUCUCCAGCUCCAUAGUCCACUCCCGGAGCCCACCUUCCGCACGCUGGGCUCCGUUUGUCCCCCGGACAGCACUCCUUUGCCCGCCACCUACUACCGCUUCAUUGAGAAGUCCGGAGAGGAGCUGGACAGAGUGGCCGAGUAUGACAUGGACGAGGAAGACCUGGCCUGGCUGGAGAUGGUGAACCAGAAGCGAGUGUCUGACGGCCACGCGUCCGUCUCCGCCGACACCUUCGAACUGCUGAUCGACCGUCUGGAGAGGGAGUCCAUCUUGGAGUCCCGCAGCCAGGCGCUGUCCCAGUGCGCCGUGGACGAAGACGCCUUCUGCUGUGUGUGCCUGGACGACGAGUGUCUGAACAGCAACGUCAUCCUCUUUUGUGACAUCUGCAACCUGGCGGUCCACCAGGAGUGCUACGGCGUGCCAUACGUUCCCGAGGGCCAGUGGCUUUGCCGCUGCUGCCUGCAGUCGCCCUCCCGCCCCGUAGAUUGCGUGCUGUGUCCCAACCGAGGAGGGGCCUUCAAGCAGACUAGCGACGGGCGCUGGGCUCACGUGGUGUGUGCCAUAUGGAUCCCAGAGGUGUGCUUCGCCAACACAGUGUUUCUUGAGCCCGUGGAGGGGGUGAAGAACAUUCCCCCUGCCCGCUGGAAGCUCACUUGCUACCUGUGCAAGCAGAAGGGCCGGGGCGCAUCCAUCCAGUGCCACAAAGCCAACUGUUACCGAGCCUUUCACGUCACCUGCGCCCAGAAAGCUGGACUCUACAUGAAGAUAGACCCUGUCCGGGAGACGGGCAUCAACGGGACUACCUUCUCUGUGAAGAAGACCGCCUUCUGUGAGCACCACUCUCCCGUGGGGUCCCGACGUGACGGGUCCGGAGAUGAAUCAGUGGAGGGGAGACUGGUUGGGGGCAGGGGAAACAGGGGGCAGCGGUCAUAUACUCCCAGCUCCCCCAGUCCGCCGGCGAAAAAGGAAUCCAAGGGCCAAAAGAAGAAGAAAGGGCCCGGUGGGUCCACCCGUCGAUCAAACGUGCCUGUGCUGCUUGUGCCUCAAAUUCCCUCUCACAGGCUGAACAAGAUCUGCACAGGAGUGGAAGUCCAGCGAAAGAAUCAGUUCAUGCAGAGGCUUCACAAUUACUGGCUACUAAAGCGACAGUCGCGGAACGGGAUGCCUUUAAUACGACGACUUCACUCCCACAUGCAGGCCCACCGGACUGCUGAACAGAAAGUGCCGGAUGAGAAGCUGUGCGCUGCCCGAGAGGAGCUGCGUUACUGGCAGAAAUUGAGGCAAGACCUAGAACGAGCUAGACUUCUGGUGGAACUCAUUCGCAAGAGAGAGCGGCUAAAGAGAGAACAAAUGAAAAUUCAGCAAGCUGCCACAGAGCUGAAGCUGACACCGGCGCUAGUGCUCCUGCGGACCACCUUGGAGCAGCUGCAGGAGAAGGACACAGCCAAAAUCUUCUCUCAGCCCGUCAAUCUAGCAGAGGUCCCAGACUACCUGGAAUUCGUAUCCCAACCCAUGGACCUGUCCACCAUGCGAGCCAAGCUGGAGGGACACGCCUACUGCUCCGUCGCUGACCUGGAGGAGGACUUUGAGCUCAUGAUCUCCAAUUGCUUGAAGUACAACUCCAAGGACACCAUGUUCCACAAAACGGCCUUGCAGCUGCGUGAGGUGGGCGGGGCCGUCCUCCGCCACGCCCACAGGCAGUCGCAGAGCAUCGGCCUGGACCCCAGCACCGGCAUGCACAUGCCUGAGUCUCCCAAUAAGCACGUUUUCCAGCAGUGCACCUGGGAUGACAUCGACUCCCUCUUGGACCCCGACAAUAGGCUUCACCUGAGCACGGACGAGCAACUCAAGGCCUUGCUGGACAAACUGGACGUGGUGACGUCCAUGCGGACCAGCGGCGGACGAACCAAACGCAUUCGCCUGCUGCGGCGAGAAAUCAACACUCUGAGGCAGAAGGUGAACCAGCAGCAGCAAAGCACUCAGACGCUUAAUGCCAGGGAUGAUGAAGAGGAGGAAAUGAAGGAAAGGAAGAAGACAAAAAGGAAGAUGAUAGAUAAUGCAGUUGUAUCAGCAGACGACUCUCCUCCCAUGUUAGAACUCACGUGUCCAGUGUCAUCGCCGCUGCCAGGCGACGCCCCGUUGGAACCGCCCGUCCUGGGCAUCGUAACGGGAGGGCGACGGUCGCCCGGGCGCUACUACAAGCGCCAGAGAUCGUCACGGAGCGGCGGCAAAAGCCACGGUGAGGAUGAAGCCGAAUUGGGUGAGACGCCGUCUUCCCGGCCAGAGGUCGUGCACGAGGGUACGCCACUGGGAACGCCGCCCGUCCUGCCCGCGGUGGGCGUCGGCCGCCGCACGUCAAUCCUGUUCAAGAAAGCCAAAAAUGGUGUGAGAGCCGGCAAAAAGAAAUUUCCCCCGCAGCACGGCGGAAAAGCGGUGGAGAAUCCGACCGACGGCUUGGCCGGCGACUCCGCCGGGCUGCCCCGCGCCAAUGUCACCAUCUUACCACCCACUCCUCCCUCCCCCUCUUCGCGCCACCUGAGGCCUCGAGGCCACAGCUCGGACAGCGAGGCGGACAAACACGCUAGCGAGGGAGGCCCUACAAAUGGAAAAGACCUCUCAGAGGAAGAUGACGAUAACCAAAAACUCAAUUCUCCAGUGUCCCCUCCCAAACGCAGCCGAGGGAAACCCGCUCUGGCCAAGGAUGUCAUCAACGACCACGGAGACAUCUUGGAAACGGGCAAGCCUACGCUUCUUUGUCCAGACAGCGAUACAGAGUUGGCCCCUCUGGAUUUGGUGUGGGCCAAAUGCAGAGGCUAUCCAUCAUACCCGGCUAUGAUCGUUGACCCCGACAUGCCCCAGGAAGGACUCCUCCAUAACGGCAUCCCAAUCCCAGUGCCUCCCGUGGAGGUGCUCAAGCUGGGCGACUGGAGGCGGAUGGAGGCCGGACAAAAGCUCUUCCUGGUCCUUUUCUUUGACACAAAAAGGACUUGGCAGUGGCUCCCUCGGGAUAAACUGCUGCCCAUGGGAAUGGACGACACCGUCGACAAACUGCGCCUGAUGGAAGGCAAGAAGCCGAGCGUUCGCAAGUCGGUGCACACCGCGUACGACCGCGCCAUGAUGCACUUGAACUGUAUCCGGGGCAACCUCAACUUCACGCCCAUCUCCAACUUUAUAUGACUUUCUUGGCGCCGAACCUCAAACGAAAUGGGAAAUGAUCCAGGUGCUCUUACGACGUAGGUUAAGUAGUGGGGAGAGUUUGACUCAACCACUUCAAAUCAAAUCAUUUUUAUUUUGUUUUGGCCAAGGUUAUUCCAAACGUGUAAAUAACGAGCGCUUAAAAGGGAAACUUGCUUUUUGUGAACGUCUCCCUUGACACUCUCGUCACGGCUGUACUUAAGGCACAUUAUCAACAAAAGACACGAGAUAGCGUUUACUAUCGCAGUGGAACCUCCAAAAACAAUCUGCUAUUGUUGACGUCUCAGUUGUUCUGAUUUCAAAUCAUUAUUUUUACUACGUAUAAUAACGUACCAAACGUCUGCUAACUGUACAGGUAAUAUUUUGAGCGCCAUUCCUAAAGGAUAUCAACCACUGUAUGCAUCAUGUAGCAAAAAUAAGAUGAGUAUUAAGUAGAAUUACUCACCCAAUAAAAUGACCUGACAUGGAGAGUGAAGUUUAAAAGGUACUUUAUUCCUAAAAUAAAUACAAUUAAAGUAUAUAAAUAAUGAGUUAAAGGAAAAAAAAAACAUUUCUAGAAGAUAAAAAUCAUAUCUUAGAAAACAACUUGUUUUUAAAUAUUUUUAGGGAGAGUAUUGGAAGCUCAUGAAGUACUUUUGUCUUUUGCGAAAACUUUUAUAAAAAUUUCCCCCCAAAAAGCCUUAAAUGAGAUUCAAUGUGAAAAGCAGAGGGGAAAGUUUUUUUUUUGUUUUUUU